UUUAUGAGAUAUUUAACACGCUCAUUUCACUACUACUCUUUAUAUUUGCUACUGCGCUCCUAUAACAACGGAGUUUCAAGUGAUUUCAUAUUUCAACUGUAAACAAACGACCUAUGUGUUUGGACAGGUUUGAAAUUUUAUGAAGUGCAGUGGCUCAAUUUUGUCAUACAGUAUGAACUUUGAAUACAUCGAGGAGACCAGACAGGUCAUUUAUUAUUUUGAGGGGGACGCAUUUGGAUAUCGAAAGUGAUAUUGUCGUAUUCAUCCUCAGUCCCAAAAAAUUUUAUUCGAAAAGGCUAACAGAGUGAUUUAUUCCAAAAUAAGCAAAUUUAAAAAUCACAUUAUCGAUCAAACUUCGCCAAGGAUAUCCACAUUUCAAAUGUGCUAAUGAGAAUCAGUUGUGUAGUUUACAACUAAAUAGACAGAAUGGAAUACAGCAUUUUAAUUUUAACAUUUUGUGUCAGUGUUACCACUGUAUGUGCGCAAAUAUCAGGAGAACUAAAUGCUAAGUGUAGAACUGUUGGAGAAUGCAGAAAUUUUGGUUACCUAUGUGCGAAAAACAGGACAUGCCAGUGUUUAUCUCCUUUGUAUAUCCCGAACAAAUAUGGAGAUAAAUGUGUUGGACUUAUUGACCAAAAAUGUAAAUAUGAUGACCAUUGCAUAGAGGGAGCAUUUUGUAAUCAUCAAACCACAUGUAAAUGUAAAGAAAAUUUAUCUCUUGAUGAAAAUGGACUGUGUUCAAAUUCAAAUAUUGCAAUCAAAAGUGGACUAGUAUUACCUUGCAUGAUAUUGUAUUACCUUCAUCGAGUUUUGUAAUUUUCGUUCAAGAAGGAAACUCAACAGUGAUAUUUAUUUAUUAUGUAUUUAUGUUUGUAAAUAUUGUAUUAAGGAUAACAAUAUAGUUUUUUUUUAAGUAA